AUGGUUAUGGAGGUCAACCAGGGAGACGAGAUCCCUAGUGGAUGGCCGCUUGGUCUAGGAAACAUGAACGUGAGAUUUAGAGUGGCCGAGACCUCUCGCCCAAUACGCUCAUCCAGUUUCUCUUCAUUCUCAUCUUCCAAUCUUGAUACUGAGUCGACAGCAUCGUUCUUCCCAGACCGGAGUGUGUCCCUAGGCCGGUUGAUUGGAAUUCAACCAAGGAAUAUAGGAAACUCGUACUACCCAAAUACAAUCCUCAACCAACAGUAUGGGAACUUAUCCGUUACGCGGUCCGACCAAGAUGAAUUCCAGGGCCACGACAAUCCUCAAGGACUUUGUGUUCCCCUGUUUCAUAACGUAAUCGGGAAGAUGGGCAGAAGUAGAAGCAGCACAAGGCAUUAA